UCUUCCGGACUUUGAAACUGCGUUUCGGGACGAACCGGACUUUAAACAAGCGUCUUUUUUUUGUAGACGCAGAGAUCAAAGCGCUUUUGUGAAGCGUUUUAAUGAAUAAUUAUCAUAAUUUAUUCAAAUAUUCUUACGCAGGUUUGUAUUAAAAGAAAGGAUCUUCCGUGAUCACUGGUUAUUUCUUUUCUUAUCUGUACGUUGGUCCACACCAAGAUGGUCCUGAAUCGGGCUUGCUAUCUUUCUGAUCGUUUUGGACUCAGCACCGGCUGAUCCCAAGUCCUGAGAUCGGACUUCCUGUCUUUGCUCCAAUACAAAAGUGCAAUCAUGAGGUCGACUGUGGCUGUUGGAUGCGUCCUUACUUUCAUCCUGGUGGACAGUGUGGUCUCCACAAUCCUCUACGUCCAGUUUUCUGGUCCAAUUUCAUUCUCGGACAACAUCCUAGACUUUGACAUCCAGCACUCGGUCCUGGAUCUGUAUCUGGUCCUCCUGGGGCGUUCCUGCCUCUUAAUCGGUGCGUCUGUAGGCGUCCUGAUGAACCAGCAAGACGGCCCAAAGCGUGUUGCAUCCAUGGACACUCUGGUGGUGCUCAUCGGCCUCACAAUGCUCUCCUACGCCCUUGCAAAGCUCCUGAUUUUCUCCGAGAUGGGCGAUCUGAUGCAUGACCCCUGGUUCCUAAGCUUGUUCUUUUGGACUUGCAUAUCUGCAAUGGGUUCUGUGUUCUUCUGGAAAGUUCUGAGCGGUGCAGACGUUGCCGACUCAGGUGUAGAAGAGAGGGAGAGGCUGGUGGAUGGAGGAGAGGAUGAGGAAGAAGAACAGGAGGGCGGGACGAGAGAGAAAGAGGUGAAACCGAGGCCAAAUUCCGGGGCCACUCUUGGACGUCUGUUGUCGUACUGUAAGAAGGACGCAAGCCUUCUGUCUCUUGCCUUUUUCUUUCUCCUUCUCUCAGCUGUGUGCGAGGCGUUCAUCCCAUAUUUCACCGGAAAAGCCAUCGACGGUAUAGUGAUCCAUAAAAGUAUGGAAUAUUUCUUCAAACCGAUGAUUAUCCUCACUGUUCUGGCCGUCAUCAGUUCCCUGGCCAUUGGCGUUCGUGGUGGCAUGUUCUCACUGACCUUCGCCAGGCUUAACAUUCGACUGCGGAACCUGCUUUUCCGCUCGUUGAUGCAUCAGGAGAUCGGAUUCUUCGACGCUAAUCACACAGGCGACAUCACGUCCCGGCUCACGGCGGACACCACGCAGGUGAGUGACCUCAUCUCGCAGAACGUCAACCUGUUCCUGCGCAGCUUCGUCAAGGCAAUCGGAUUCUUCGUUUUCAUGUUCGGCAUGUCGUGGAAGCUGUCGCUGGUCACCAUCAUGGGCUUCCCGUACAUCGCCGUGUUCUCCAAGCUCUAUGGCGAGUAUUACAAGAAACUCACCAAAGAGGUGCAGACGUCACUGGCUCAGGCCAACAAAGUGGCAGAGGAGACGAUCUCCGCCAUGCGGACGGUUCGCAGCUUCGCCGGCGAGGAUCACGAGGCCGAGUCUUAUUACGGCAAGCUGCUGGAGGUGUUCGCCCUCAACAAGAAGCAAGCCGUAGCCUACGCCUGUUUCAUGUGGUCCAGCUGUAUCUCAGAGCUGGCGUUGCAGGUGGCUAUCCUGUUUUACGGAGGACACCUGGUGGUGACAGACCAGAUGAGUGGGGGAACUCUCAUUUCUUUUGUUAUCUAUGAGCUUGAACUUGGAGAAUGUCUGGAGAGCAUUGCGUCCGUCUAUACAGGUCUCAUGCAGGGUGUGGGAGCUGCAGAGAAGGUCUUUGAAUAUAUUGACAGGAAGCCCAAACACUGUCUCGACGGCCAGGUAGCUCCAGAUAUGCUGCAAGGACUGGUAGAGUUCAAGAACGUGACAUUUGCUUAUCCUACACGCCCAGAGACCGAUGUCCUCAAGAGUGUGUCCUUCAGUAUCCAGCCAGGGCAGGUGACAGCUCUGGUGGGUCCCUCAGGCAGCGGUAAAAGUUCCUGUGUUUCUCUGCUGGAGAACUUUUACUCACCUCAACAAGGCCAGGUGCUGCUGGACGGCCGACCAAUCGAGACAUACCAGCAUGGCUACCUUCACUCCAAGGUAGCACUGGUUGGACAAGAGCCGGUCCUUUUUGCUCGUUCUGUAGAGAAGAACAUUGCCUAUGGUCUUUCCAGCGCUCCUGGGGAAGUCGUAGUCGCAGCCGCCAAAAAAGCCAACGCUCACGACUUCGUCUGCAGCCUCUCCAAGGGCUAUGACACGGGAGUCGGAGAGAAGGGAACUCAGCUCUCAGGCGGGCAGAAGCAGAGAGUGGCCAUUGCUCGUGCCUUAAUCCGAAACCCAAGCGUGCUGAUUCUGGACGAGGCCACCAGCGCUCUGGACGCCGAGAGCGAACACAUGGUCCAGCAGGCUCUGAAUACUGUCAUGGAGAACUACACAGUCCUGGUGAUUGCCCAUCGCUUGAGCACGGUGCAGCGUGCCAACACUAUCGUGGUGCUAGACAAUGGUGUUGUGGCAGAGCAGGGCAACCACGACGAGCUGAUGGAUCAUCACGGCCUUUACUACAGACUCAUCCAGAGGCAGAUGCUGGGUUCUGAUCCAAGCACCAUGAAACUUCCGCGGCCAUUUUUAGAGUUGCCUCGGAAUCGGGAAGAGGACGAGAGCAGCGGGGACGAAAACGUCCCAAGAUAUUGAUCUGUGUAUUCUUGUUUUGGCACAGGGUUUCAUAUGUGUAGCCAUGAAAACUACCUCGAUUCUUAAAGCACGGCAAGCUGGGCAGCUUUUUAGAGGGCAUUUAAGCACUCCGGGGAGUCGGAUUGCCCCAGUGUGUAGGCACCUAAUUUGUAAAAUUCGUGCGAAUAUUUAAUGACAGAAACAUGCCACCUUCUGGAAGCAGCCAGUUCUUCUUCUUUAAUCAGUUUCCAAUGGAGUGUAGGUCAUAUCUGCUCAUCCUAGAUCCAUAUAAACCAAAGAAUGCUGUAAACCUUAUAUAAGAUGCUGUAAACCAUCAGAGCAUAACAACAAACAUCAUGUAAUAUCACUGUAACUCUACUGAAUGCAUUACAUGCUGUACAUAUAAAUGAGUAUGACAGUGGUAUUAUAUUGGAGCAUGAGGCCAGUGGCUAUAAUCCAACUGAACAUCCUCACAAUGAACCUGAAUGAUGUCUUAGUUGAUAAUAUGCAUAGGAGGAGUGUUUGUUGGCUGGGUUUCCUGUUUACUCCACAUACAGUAUAGGUGUGAUGAUCAGGUGUACUUUGGUCUGAUGCGAUCUUAAAAUAAAAAGAGACAAAAAAAUGA